CAGCUGAGUGACAGAUGCAGUGGCCGCAGAUGCCUGGCGGAGGGUUCAGCUGCUGAGUUCCUCUAACAAUACUUGUCGGGCACAGCUGCUGCAGACAAGUCCUCCAUAAGGACAAGUUCAUCCUGCCUCUAUCCUCAUCCUCUGCCCUCAGCCUUCACUGCUACCAGCCAGGGCUGAAAGCUAAAAGUAUCCAAAAGAAUAGAAAAUGUUGCACCUAAAAGGUUUAGAAAAGUUCCGGGAUGUGGAUGAGAAUGAAAUCUUAAACAAACUUACUGAGGAGGAACUGAGAGCACUCGAAGGAGAACUAGAAGAAUUAGAUCCUGAUAAUCAGUUAUUACCUGCUGGUUUAAGACAAAAGAAUCAGACCAGCAAAACUCCAACAGGGCCUUUCCAGCGAGACGCCCUUCUAGAACAUCUAGAGAAGCAGGCUAAAGAAAUGAAAGAUGAGGAAGAUUUGGUGCCUUAUACUGGGCAAAAAAAAGGAAAACCCUGGAUACCAAAAAAGAAGCCAAUUGACCCAGUUUUAGAAAAUGUCACUUUGGAACCUGAACUGGAGGAAGCUUUAGCGAAUGCCUCGGAUGCUGAACUAUGUGACAUUGCAGCUAUCCUGGGAAUGCACACUCUAAUGAGUAAUCAGCAGUAUUAUGAGGCCCUUGCAAGCAGCAAUAUUGUCAACAAGGAGGGUCUAAAUAGUGUAAUUAAGCCCACACAGUAUAAACCUGUUCCUGAUGAAGAACCUAAUUCAACAGAUGUGGAUGAAACCUUAGAACGAGUUAAAAGCAACGACCCUGAUCUUGAAGAGGUUAAUCUCAACAAUAUAAGGAACAUUCCUAUUUUAACUUUAAAAGCUUACUCUGAAGCAAUGAAAAAUAAUACCCAUGUGAAGAAGUUCAGUAUUGUGGGAACAAGAAGUAAUGACCCUGUUGCAUUUGCUUUGGCAGACAUGCUGAAGGUCAAUAGUACACUGAGGACUUUAAAUGUGGAAUCUAAUUUUAUCAGUGGAAAUGGAAUCCUCGCUCUUGUAGAGUCACUCCAGUAUAACACAUCACUGGUUGAGCUGAAAAUAGACAAUCAGAGUCAAGCUCUUGGCAAUAAAGUGGAGAUGGAAAUUGCAAAUAUGUUAGAAAAAAAUGCAACACUUUUGAAAUUUGGCUAUCAUUUCACUCAACAAGGCCCCAGAAUGCGAGCAUCAAACGCAAUGAUGAAUAAUAAUGAUCUUGCUCGUAUACGUAGGUCUGAUGUCCCAUGGCAUAACUUUUCAACUUUGGACUUGGAAGAUAUAUAAUGAGAAAGAGAAGGCUGGCCGACCUGGAUGGCCCAAUUCUUCCAAGAUGCCGAAGUGGGGUGUAGAGCUGAGCAUGCUCCACACAGCAGGACCGUAUCCAAUAAGAGUUUGUACCAGAGUGUGGAAUCCUUACAAGAGAGUGAGAACCCAGCAACUGUGUUGCAUAACUCAGUCUUCUGUUGUCAUAUAUUAUGCACCCAAAUGGAUCAUCAGCAUGUUACCUACAAGAGUAAUCCAUAUAGUAUAUCAGCUGGCAGUUCCUCCCUUCAUGACCAGCCAUCGGAUAACGCGACAUUCAGUUGUUUUGCUGCUGCUACCAGUGCCAGUUGGGAUCAGCACAAUGAUUUUCAACAUAUAUGUGUGACUCCAUAGGUACUAUACAUGUUUAUUGAACUAGUAACCAAUAAUGAGCACAUGACACAUAAUGUAUUACUGGUAUAUCUGAAAAAAUCAUAAUAGAGACCAUGGUUGACAUUAUUACAGUUUCCAAGAUCGCUACGGAAUCCAAGGCCUCUGCAAUUACUGCAUAUACAAACUAUUUUCAGUUGGUCGAUCUGGCCCAAGCAAAACAUAAGUUAGUUAAAACUUAAAAAA